AUGAAACGUAUUCAAGGUAAUCGUCAUUCUCCCUCUUCUUCUCUCUCCUCUUUUGUUACCGCCGAUCAACCUACUGCCUCCACUACCACCAUCACAACCUUCUACUCUGCGCUGCUUCCAUCACUCUAUGAGAAAAAACCUAAAACCUUCUACCGCCAUCACAACGAUGCUUCACCUGCUGAAUCAACAGUUAUGACAACUACCUCUUCAUCCGUCGAUCCCAAUCAAAACCUAAACCAAGUCAUCAAUUCAAUUCAGAAAACCCUAGGAACCAUCCAUCAGCUCUACUUCACUGUCUCUUCCUUCAACGGUUCCUCCCAACUCCCACUUCUCCAACGCCUGAGCUUUGUGAGGUUCCUUGAUGAAAAAAAGUCAGCAUCUUCUACUGCAAGAUAUGGCUCACAGGUCCUUCUUACACUCAAAUCAAGGAGUCGAUGUCCUAGACCAAGGUAUAGAGAUGAAUACAGGGGCUACAGGAGGAGAAGUCGCAGCAGAAGCCCUGAUUAUCAUAGAAGACACAGGAGGGGUAGAUAUGAUGAUGAUUAUGACGAUGAGAGAAGCCCAAGACAUAGCUCAAUAACGUAUCAAAUUGUGAAAUGCAUAAAGAAUUUUGUUCAUCAAAUGGAAGCCACAGUUCUGAUGGCUCUUCUUCAGCCUGCACCUGAAACAUUUGAUCUCUUUGAUGAUCUGUUGAGAUUGCAGAAGUGUUUGCGAGCUUAUGGUUUUGAUGUCAUCAGACAGAUAAUGGCUGAUGUCAGUUACUUGUGUCAGCACAUGAAAAGUUUCCCUGAUAGGGGCGCACAUGAUUUGCUAUCAGAAAAUGAAAUCCAGAUUUUCCGUACCCCUGACGGGAUGCUAUCCACUGAGCAAGGCAUUUAUAUUACAGAGUCUGUAGCUUCUAAUAACUUGAAACAAGCAAAAGGCCGCAUCAAGACUUAUGAGAACAAUGACAACAUGGUGAUGACAAUAACAUCAUAUAAUUCCUUAAGCAAUGAUAAUGACAUAAAGCAUGUUCAGGAAAAUGGCAACUCAAAUUCUGGAAGGCGAGACACUGGUGGCAAAGAGCGUUCUAUUGUAGGGAAGAAAGAUGCAGGGAAACCAACAAAAAAUCCUGGCAAGUUAAUUCGUUCGGAAUCUAACACAGCUGGAAGAAGGUCGUAG